AUGGAUUCAGACGGUGCUGGUGGCCUCUUUCAAUACGUGUCGCAUUCGCCACCACAGUGCAGUAUUGCCGCAGGAAGAACUCUUGCUUCUCUUGCUAGAACCUCAAAGGUCUUCCAUCAUGUGGCCACCAGAGCUCUAUGGUCGCGACUAGACGGUCUCACACCAUUACUACGACCCUUGGCUUCCGACCUCAUUUUGAUCCCGGAAACCGCGAGGCCACAACCCGUGUCAACGAUUAGGAGGCCACUCAAAAUGGCAGAAUGGGAGAUACUUCGCGGCCUUGCACGUCGUGUCGAGCACCUAUGCGUCCAUGAUCCUGCUCGGCCAGUAGACGUCUCGAUCGUUCUCUCCCUCUGCCACCCCCCAACCAACUCGCCUCUAUUUCCAAAUUUGAAGUCAAUCCUUUGGAAUGACGAAAGAGCUGAGACUUUCCCGUUCAUUCGCACGCUUUCAGGGCCCACAGUUACUUCUCUGGCGAUAACCAUUACAAACAAUAGUCGUAAAUGGCAUAUACCAGAGCUCAGCAUAUUUGCUUCGCUGCCCUAUAUUUGUCCCAACGUCACAGAAGUGACCCUGCCCACCGAUGCAUUUCCCUCUCUAUCAGAAGCCCUUUGCGCGUGGAAUAAUCUUGAAGAGAUCAAAUGUGGAGUAAUCGAGGGUAAUGCACUUACGCAUCUCGCCAGACAAUCAGCUCUUCGCAAGCUUUCAUUCAAUAUCAAACUAGGACUCGGACUGGACUCCUCUUUGCCUUCAGGGGCAUUUUCGUGUGUCCGCGAUUUCGAGAUCCAUGCAACGAAUAUGUCUUUCCUAGAUCCAUUCUUUAACAGGCUCGGAGGAUCCCCCGCUUCUAUGCACGUGCUAGUGGACACAAAUCCGCCACCUACCAGUAUCACUUCGCUUUUUACUACUCUCAGGCGUUUCUCGAGUACUCGUUUGCAAGAUUUGAGCCUGCGAUUGAGGACCCCGCCAAGUCCUCGGGUCUUGCCACCACAUCCAUUGCAUCCAUUCACCUUUCCACAACCCACAGCCAAUGUAGGACCUUAUAUGGCACCUCCCACCAAUAUGAUUAGCUAUCCAAUCAGUGUGGGCUACCAGCCUCCGCUUGCUCAAAAUGGAUUUCAUGUUUUGCCUUCGGGUAGCGUUUCGACUUCCGGACUUACAUGCCAUACUCUCACUCUGCGUGACUUCAUGCCCCUUACCUGCUUUGAAAGCCUGGGCAGGAUAGACAUCGAUAUCAAUCACAGUAUACACCUGGAUGAUGACGGCCUCCGGUCGCUGGUCUCUGCGUGGCCCCACCUCUAUUCCUUUUCCCUCAACGACACAGCUGGAUGGCGCACCAAGUCUGGCAUCACUCAGAUAGGCCUCAUCGCGAUGCUUGACUGUUGUCCCGAACUUCAAAAGCUUUGUAUUGCUUUGAACACAGAUGCAUUCAUAGAGGUGCCAUCAGACCGUGAAGGGAUAGAAAACACAGCCAUGCGAACCCUAGGUCUCGCUGACUCCCUGAUCGAGGCACGCGCCACCGUAGCAGUCGCAGCGUUUCUCUCCGACAUCUUUCCAAACCUCACCACCAUCGUCGCAUGGGAUUCUAUAGUGAUGAGUCGGCGUCUUAAUGCAGGGAUGUAUGCUGAGCGCUGGAUGCAUGUCUCUGAGCAGGUGCACGGAAUGAACAAGGUUCGGGUGCAAGAAAGGAAAUGGUGGUUGAGUGACGAUGACGGUGAAAGUGAGGCGUGUGCUAUAUCUCAGGUUUGA